UGACGAGCGAAGCCGGUUUGAGAGGCGGUCCACGUUUUUUCGCUCUCUCCUGUACACGCGGUUGAGGAAGCCUGUAGGCCUGAGCAGGUCGUGCUGAAUAAUGCCGGGAAAACUCCGGAGUGAGUCCAGGUUGGCCCCAGACGCGGCCGAGGAGAGCAUGGAGACCGUGCCGAAGCCCAGCGGGAAGAAAACUGGAAAAGAGAAGGCCAAAUCUAAGACCAAAGAAGCCACAGAAGGAAUGGAAGAGGCUGUCUCCUCCAAAGCUAAAACAGUUAAAAAGAAAGGGCUCUCUGAAGAUGAUGUUGAACCCCCUAAAUCCAAGAAGGCCAAAAAGCAAGAGGAAGCACAGGAAGACCACACUGAUUCUAAAAGCAAAACCCCCAAGAAGAAAAAGGAGUCCCUCGAGAAGAAAGCGGCCUCUGCGAAAACCAAAAAAACAAAAGUGGAGGAGCCUUCUGAAGAAGAUGCUGACAUUCCUAAGCCCAAGAAAAUGAAGAAAGGGAAGGAAGCAAAUGGAGACUCUGCAGAGAAAAGCCCUAAGCUCAAGAAUGGAUUCUCUCAUUCUGAAUCAAACUCAAACUCCAGUGAAGCUCCUGGUGAGGAAAGUAGUAGCGAGACAGAAAAGGAAGAAAUACCUGUGGAACAGAAAGAAGGAGCUUUCUCCAAUUUUCCAAUAUCUGAAGAGACUGUCAAGCUUCUCAAAGCUCGUGGGGUGAGCUUCCUGUUUCCUAUACAAGCCAAGACGUUCCACCAUGUAUACAGUGGGAAAGACUUAAUUGCUCAGGCGCGCACAGGGACUGGGAAGACCUUCUCCUUUGCCAUCCCUUUGAUUGAGAAGCUUCAGAGUGGGCUCCAAGACAGGAAGAGAGGCCGCGCCCCUCAGGUACUAGUUCUUGCACCUACAAGAGAAUUAGCAAAUCAAGUGAGCAAAGACUUCAGUGACAUCACCAAAAAGUUAUCAGUGGCUUGUUUUUAUGGUGGAACUCCAUAUGGUGGUCAAAUUGAACGAAUGCGGAGUGGGAUUGAUAUCUUGGUGGGGACCCCAGGCCGUAUUAAAGACCACCUACAGAAUGGCAAGCUAGACCUCACCAAACUGAAACAUGUCGUCCUGGAUGAAGUGGACCAGAUGUUGGAUAUGGGCUUUGCUGAUCAAGUGGAAGAAAUUUUGUGUGUGGCAUAUAAGAAAGAUUCUGAAGACAACCCCCAAACAUUGCUUUUCUCUGCAACUUGCCCUCAUUGGGUAUUUAAUGUUGCUAAGAAAUACAUGAAAUCUACAUACGAACAGGUGGACCUGAUUGGUAAAAAGACUCAGAAAGCAGCCAUAACUGUGGAGCACCUGGCGAUUAAGUGUCACUGGAGUGAGAGGGCUGCGGUUAUUGGGGAUGUGAUCCGAGUGUACAGUGGGCAUCAAGGACGCACUAUCAUCUUCUGUGAAACCAAGAGGGAAGCCCAGGAGCUAUCACAGAACUCAUGUAUAAAGCAGGAUGCCCAGUCUUUACAUGGCGACAUUCCCCAGAAGCAAAGGGAAAUCACACUGAAAGGUUUCCGAAAUGGCAGUUUUGGAGUUUUGGUGGCAACCAAUGUUGCUGCACGUGGGUUAGACAUCCCUGAGGUUGACUUGGUUGUACAAAGCUGUCCACCAAAGGAUGUGGAGUCUUACAUUCAUCGUUCGGGAAGGACCGGCAGAGCUGGAAGGACAGGGGUUUGCAUCUGUUUCUAUCAGCACAAGGAAGAGUACCAGUUAGCACAAGUGGAACAGAAAGCGGGAAUUAAAUUUAAACGGAUAGGUGUUCCUUCCGCAACAGAAAUAAUAAAAGCCUCCAGCAAAGACGCCAUAAGGCUUUUGGAUUCUGUGCCUCCUACCGCCAUUGGCCACUUCAAGCAGUCGGCUGAGAAGCUGAUUGAGGAGAAAGGAGCUGUUGAGGCCCUGGCAGCUGCGCUGGCCCACAUCUCAGGGGCCACAUCUGUCGACCAGCGCUCCUUGAUCAACUCCCAAGCGGGCUUUGUGACCAUGAUCCUGCGGUGCUCCAUCGAAAUGCCCAACAUCAGUUAUGCUUGGAAAGAACUUAAGGAGCAGCUAGGCGAAAGCAUUGAUGCCAAAGUGAGGGGGAUGGUCUUCCUCAAAGGCAAACUGGGAGUUUGUUUUGAUGUCCGCACUGAAGCAGUCACGGAAAUUCAGGAAAAGUGGCAUGAUUCAAGACGCUGGCAGCUCACUGUGGCCACGGAACAGCCGGAGCUGGAAGGACCCCUGGAAGGGUAUCGAGGCGGCAGGGGUCAACGGGACAGCAGCCGUGGUGCUUUCAGAGGACAGCGGGGUGGAAGCAGGAACUUCAGGGGACAAGGCCAACGCGGAGGAAGUAAAAACUUCAGAGGGCAGCGACCAGGUGGUGGCAACAGAAGUAACAGAUCCCCAAAUAAAGGCCAGAAGCGGAGUUUUGGUAAAGCGUUUGGCCAGUGAGUAGAGGCAAGCAGGAACUGCACACUGUGGACGCCAGUGCCCUUCCUACUGUCAAAGCCCCAGUGCUUCCUUCCAUUUUGAUCAUUUGCUCCCCCACCCCCAUUCCUUGCAGAGAGGCUUCUGAACUAUUUGAUCUAACCAUCAACUAUCUUUUGUGAAAAGGGAUAGGAAUUCAUCUUAUCAUUUUGUAUUACUUUCCAACGUAUUUCUAGAUUUAUGAAGUAAAGCCGACCACAGAUCCAUCUACGCUCGCAUGUUGAUGUUGCAAGUCUAUCCUUGUGUGUAGACUGGGGCCUGAGCUCAGAACCUCACACAUGUGGACCAUGUACAUGCCCUACUGCCAGACUCCAUCUCUAGUCCCUAAAAGUCUCACUCAUACCUUGUAAAGAAAGGACCUAGGGAUACCUCAGUCUCUGGAGAACUGCAUGAGUCAGAGCUGUUUAUUUUUGCUCGCAUUCCUUGGCCUCCUCACAAGCAAAUUUCUGGUCUCUACAUGUGUCUGCUGAGGAUUGUUACCAAGCAGUGCUUUUCAAAAGCCAUUUCAGACUUAGCUAAUUGAAGCAGUUUGUGCCAGCCUCUGGAUGGGAACGUGUAACACAGAUUGUGAUUCACUCCGUAGAGUCUCUGCAUACUGUUUCUCUCUCCUUUAGGUGACUUGUGUUCCAGUGAGUGCUCCACAGUGUAUUUAGGUACAUUUUCUAGGAACCAUUGUCUUCAAAGUUUUGUCCCAAAUGUCUGAUGUCUGUAGAUUUUCCCCCAUGGGUAAUGAGACUGGAUAGAAGGUAUUUAAGGUCUUCUGCCCUACUUUUGGAAGAUUAAUUUACCAAGAAGUAAUUAAGGGAAGAUGGGGCUUAAUUGGCAUUGCUGAAUAAUGUUUAAGAAUAGCACAACAGUGUUCUCGAUCUUCACGUAUGAGGAGGCGGCAGGAAGAAUGCUUUGAACGGGUGGCCCCUUCAUGGGUCAUGUCUCUUCUAGUGUGCAGCCGGGCUUGUAAGGGCAGAAUGGGACAAUAUUGUUUUCUCAGUGGCCUAGAUCUUAAAGCACAAUGUAAGAUCAGUUUCUGUUAAGCUGCUUCUCCAUUGAAAACAUCACUGUUUAGAGAAUCUAAGACAAACUGCCAUUUUAAGCUGUUGCUUUGAGGGAACUGAGGAACUCAGUGUAGCACCUGGCCCUGUGAUAGUUGCCUGAGCUAUUCUUUAAUACCUGCCUGGGUGUUCUUUUCUCUGGGAAACAUCCCACCUAGCUCAAUUGGUGGGGUCCUCUAGCCUGCCUAGCAAUUCUGUGCAGAGAAUCUUAGAGCAAGCUAGGAAGGAAAAUCAGAUUCAAUUGUUUAGAUGGCUAAGAUCUUGAGACUCAAUAUCUGAUUUUAGUGUGAUCCUUACCUUCUUCCCCGAACACCUCAGCAUCAAAGAGCUCUGGUAACCAAAUCAGCUCCAGAGAGUUGAGGCAUGGUCCUUUUUCUAUUUAGAUUCAGUUUUCACCUUGAGCCUGACCCAGAUGGUUCUUGUCUUCUGUGCUGGGAAUUCUUUUGGAUUUCUUUUCUUUGUCGAUGACUCUGUGGCCUGUAAUAGGUUUUGGUUUUGUCCAAUUACUUGGGCUUGGUGUAAUGAAACAUUUCACUGUUAGGAUAAGAAUCUGCCCUGUGACGCAUAUGAAAGGACAUGCUGGCUCUACUUGCAGGUGGAGUGCUGGCACAGCGAGGCCUUUCUGGAUUAUGGGUUAGUCUAUAGAAAAAUGACCUGCUGGAAACCAGCAGUCAAGGGGAGAGCAAUAGGAAUUCUAAUGUACACAACUUGCUUAAAAGAAAACAUGUCUCUGAACAAAUGAAGAUAAGUUUUCUUCUAGACCCCAGGAUCUAAACAAUAUUUAUGUGUAUAAUUCAGCUAAUAUUUGGUUUAAAUGAGUUUAUUGGGAAAUGUUACCAUUUUUACUAUUUUCUACAGAGAAAAUAUUUUUCAGUUUAUCAAAUGACUUUGGAAUUAUAACCUGUUUUUUAAGUUCCAGCUGUCUUGUGUACUUGUUUCUCUGCAGUUGUACAUAAAAUGUUUUUACAUUAAAUGAGUUACUAUAUAAAGUACUGCAUUAUGCCAUAAUAAAGAUACUAAUACAUUA